AUGCCACCCAAAGCUCCCAGAGCCGCGGAGCCCAGACUCUCGGCCCAUUUCGACGCCUUCAACUCAUCAGCGACUGGGCAUCAGCGAGCGGAGAAUCGACUGAGCGGAAGCACACUGUGGCGAGACUCAAGACACUUGAAACUCCGCGAGCAGUUUCGCAGCGGCCAUGAAGGCGGCAAGAGGAUUGCGGACACGGUCGGCGCGGGGAGUGAUGGGAGUGUGAAGAUGGGUUUGCUUGAGAAUGGGACGGUGACGUGGCGGAGGGAGCAAGAUCAAUUGAGUUUGCAGGAAAGUUUGGAUGCUGAGAGGGCGAGGAAGAGGGUGAAGGUGGACUAUGAUGACGAUGAUGCUCUGUCUGGCAAGGUGAGCAAACUGGAUUCGAGGAAGCCGAAAUUGCGCGAGACGAAGGAAGAGGAUGAAGCUGGCCGACCGGAUGUCUCGCCCUCGCGCUUCCUCUCCCCAAUCGACCCCAACAGCUCCUUCUCGUCCACAUCAUCAACGAAACAGCAAGACGAGAAGGACGACACGGAAACACCAGAGUACCAACACACCGCCCCUCCGCAAAUCUUUCACAACCUAGCUUUCUACAUCAACGGCUCGACCGCACCCGUAAUCUCCGACCACAAACUCAAGCGCCUCCUAACAGAACACGGAGCUGGCAUAUCCAUCGCCCUCGGCAGACGAACCGUCACACACGUCAUUCUCGGUCGGCCUGCGAGCAACGGCGGCGCAGGGGGUGGGCUGGCGGGCAGCAAGAUCCACAAGGAAAUCUCGGCGAAGCGAGGGGAGAGUGUGAAGUACGUUACGGCGGAGUGGGUGUUGGAGAGCGUGAAGGCGGGGAAACGAUUGCCGGAGUCGAAGUUCGAGGCGCUGAGGUUGGCGCCGAAGGGGGUGGGCAGUGUGGCUGGUAUGUUUGGGAAGAAGGAGAGGGUGGGGAAGACGGUUGAUCAUGGUUGA